UGUUUGUUUUGACAGUUUAAUUAUUUAUUAUUAUUUACGAUUUAUUUAUUUUGUUUGCUCUAUGUCUAAUAUUAUUUAUUUUCAUAAACGGCAAUUUAUUGUUAUGUAUGUCUAUGGAAAAGUGAUUCUUUGGAUUUUUACCGGACUAUUUGAACUAGGUAUUGUUGAUACCCCUCUAAGGACUAAUGAACUUGGAAACUGUAAACGGUAAAAUUAACGCCGUGAUUUUAUUAUGUAAAUUAUUAUUUUAAUAUUUAUUUAUUUAAAUUGUACGUGAAAUUUUGUUAUCCGCGCAAUUGUUGCGUUCGGAGUUCACGUUUUCGUUAAGAAAUUAAGUAACCGAUUUAGGUUUUUGGCCAAUCACAGGCCACCAUUUAAAAGUUGAGUUUUACUGGCUUAUUGGAGAAGCUAGUAAGAAAGAGAGUUCUACAAUGGCCAGCUGAAAGAGCGGCAACUUCGUGACGUCGGCGAUUUUAAAUCCUGAAAAUUAGCUAUUUAGCAACAGGCAUCCCGGAUAGAGGAUGAUAAUUAUGGAUCAUUAGGGAGUCCAGAAUAUUGAAAUAGGAUUUAUCUAAAAAGAUAAAUAAUAUAGGAGUGAAAAUCAUGGAGGAGGUGGUGUUUGCGCUGCCCGAGGUGAAGGUGGAGAUCAAGGUGGAGGCAGAUGAGAGGAGCCUCAUGUCGGUGGCCGAGGGGCUCGGCCUGAGCCUGGAGGCCUUCCAGAGAGUCGACGUUGACCCCCCGGAGGAGACCAGGGUCAAGGUGGAGGCUGGCACGGACGACCUGGCUUACGCGGCGCUGCCCAUGCAGCGGGGGAAGAGGCAGGGGGUCGCGAAGAGGUUCCAGUGCGAGAUGUGCAGCUUCAAGAGCAGGACGCACGCUGGCCUGAAGGCGCACCAGCGACGAGAGGCACACCGUGCGAAGCUGCGCUGUAACAUCUGCGCGCAGGGCUUCCCGCGGCUGAGCGAGCUGCAGUCGCACCGGCGCGAGCGCCACGCCAACGAGAAGCCCUUCGAGUGCGACGAGUGCGGGCGCUCGUACGCCUACAAGGCCAACCUGUUCACGCACGUCAAGAUGGCGCACCUGGGCGUGGUGCCCGAGAAGAAGGUGCACGCCUGCCGGCUGUGCGAGAAGGUGUACGUGUUCCCGCGCUCGCUGCACCUGCACAUGGCCGCCCACGCGGGCACCAACGUCUUCAUCUGCGACGUCUGCGGCAAGUCGCUGACCAACCGGGACCACCUCAAGUUCCACCGCCGCAUCCACACGGGCGAGAAGCCCUACGUGUGCGAGACGUGCGGGAAGGGCUUCUGCAAGAGCUGCAACCUGACGCUGCACCGGCGCGUCCACACGGGCGAGAAGCCCUACGUGUGCGACUGCUGCAAGAAGGCGUUCUCCCAGCGCUCGACGCUCGUCAUCCACAUGCGCCUGCACACCGGCCAGAAGCCGUACGUGUGCUUCGUGUGCCAGCGUGCCUUCAUCUGCCGCGCACUCCUCAACGUGCACCUCAAGAACCACCGUGUCUGAAACUGUUCUCUGUAGUGGUGGUCGUUGCUCCUGUCGCAUUCUUCAGGAAGACUCUUCAGCCUCUACAGACACUGUUUAUCUUCCAUACGAACCAUACUUUCAUUGGUAGCUAAUUCUGAAAGGAAUCCAACCUAACAUGUCUGGUACGCUCAGCCUAAUGUACCGUAAGCACGGUAGCCACCUUGUGUGUGGCUGGAGGCAGCACCACACGUACACGGCCAGUCUGCCUUGACAUGCAGUCAGGCAAUGCACACUUGUCCUUAAGUAAAAGCAGUGAUCACGUCAGUGGAGUUAAAUAUGUGCGUCUCAGAUAUUAGAUGGCAUUAUCACUGUUGAAUGUUUGUAUACUUAAAGUUGAAUCAUAGGGGUGAUCAAUUAUUCAAACUUCAUGUGUUUUCUGCACUAGAUAAUGUUGCAUUGAAACAGGCUGAGGAGAGAGGAAAUAACGGGGGAACUGGCACCAGCAUCAAGGAGAUGAACUCUGCGAGUAUUAGCUGUGGGCCUCAAAAAGCAUAGAAAGUGUGUUGUCCGUCGCGGGAAGCUGCAGUGCUUGCAAUCCAUCGGACCUCACACUUGUGUCUCGAUCCGAGCCCAGCGGGGUCGGCGCUACUGACCCAAGGUCAUCCAAGAUUGACACAUAAUUUAAGAGCCCAAUCUUUAUGGCAGUCGUGGCACCUUAAGAGUAGCAGAUAUUUUAAAAAUUUUAGUUUAGUUAUGAUUAUUUUAUAUUUAAUUCUUUACAGUUCUCUGUAUGAAACAUUUGCAAUGAAGUUUAAUGCAAAUUCAUGCCAUGCCAGCAGCAACACAGCUAAGCUUGCUUACAUUUAAUACAAAAGUAAUUCUUUUAUUAAGCUCCAAUAUUUGUAUAAGAAAAUAUAAAUAUUAAUGUUGUACGUAUAAACAUUUGAUAUUGUUGCUAAACUAAAAUAUAUAAUAAGCUUAGCUAAAUUUUAAUUUUCUUCAAAGUUUAUGACAGCAUUUGAAUCAGUCUUACACAUUCUGAUGUAUGUUCUGAUCCAAACACGAGACCUCAAAUGCUCAUUGUUCCACUCAUUUUUAGCAUGGUUCCUGACAGGAAAAAUGGACUGGGUUGGAUUUUAAAUAAAAUAGUGAGCUAAGUUGUCUGUUUAUUUGCAAUUCAACAUUAGUCAGGUUAAAUACAUCCACCAGUUCAGCAACCCAAAAAAAAUAUGAGAAUAGCCUGCCCUUUUGUAUUGUAACCAAAGUUACGUACGUGCAUGCAGACACAGAGAGAGAAUGAGAGAGAGAGAGAAUGGGAGAGAGGAAGAGAGAAUGGGAGAGAGGAAGAGAGAAUGGGAGAGAGGAAGACAGAAUGGGAGAGAGGGAGAGGUCAAAGGAGGGAAUGAGAGGGACAGAAAGAAGCAAGCAACUGUCAUGUGAAGCUUGUUUUUCUGCCAGCGUGACAUGAAACCUGUGGUUGUUCCUUUCAUUGACCUGUACACUCUGUCUCGUGUGUGUGUAUUGGGGUGUUGGGUGAGAACUGUGUGUGCAUUUACUGUAGUACAGUAGAACCUCGCAUAUCCGACCUUCCCACAACCGACUCCUCCCGAUAUCCGACCUAGUGUCCGACUGUCGGUGAUUCACACGCGCUUCCGGUUGGUGAGCCUGUUAGGCUUGAAGGAGUGACUCAUCUACGAUAUGCUUUGUUUUCGUAUCAAAAACUGUCAGUUCAGCCGUGAAUCUUGAUGUGUAAUGUGCUCUGACUAUAAUCUUGUACAGUUCUGUGUUUGUUAACGUCAAUACUGUUUGUGUUUUUCCCCAUUAUUUAUUCACGACUACAGAAUUUAAAGUGUGCAAUACGUAGUGCUUUACGUGUGUGACAAUGGCAACUCAAAAACGUAAACGUGUUUGUGUUUCUCUGCAACAAAAACUUGAGAUUUUACAACGAUUGGACCAUGGAGAGUCUGUUAUUAAAUUAGCUUCUGAGUUGGGUGUAGGGGUGACUACGAUAAAAGAUUGGAAAAAAAACCGUAAAGAUCUGGAAACGUACUCAACAACAGUUGAGACAGAAGAUGCAUUAAAAAGUAGAAAAAUGUUGAAAAAACCAAAACUUGAACUUGUCGAUGAAGCAUUAUGGGUUUGGUUUUGUCAGGAAAGGCGCAAGGGAAUACCAUUGUCAGGCCCCAUCGUAAAGGAAAAAGCCAUAAAAUUGCAUGAAAAGCUGGGAGGUGAUCUAGAAAAAUUUAGCGCUAGCGAAGGGUGGCUACAUAAAUGGAAGUUGCGUCAUGGCAUACGACAUCUUAUUAUUGCGGGGGAAAAACUCUCAGCUGAUGAUAAUGCUGCUACAGAAUUUGUAGCAACAUUUGAGAAGUUGGUCACAGAACAGAAACUUGUACCCAAACAAGUGUACAAUGUAGAUGAAACAGGCCUAAAUUACAAAAUGCUUCCAAAAACCACUCUAGCUGCUAAAAAUGAACCUGUGUUAGGAACAAAGCUGGCUAAAGACAGGCUCACAAUUGCAACUUGUAGCAAUGCCAUGGGAAGCCACAAAAUGCCGCUGUUCGUCAUAGGAAAAUCUAAGAAACCAAGAGCAUUCAAAAAUCUAAACAUGGCAACACUUCCAGUUUUCUAUCGGAAUCAAUCAUCUGCUUGGAUGGAUGCGAUUUAUUUAAGGAGUGGUUUUUUGGCGAAUUUGUCCCCGCAGUAAAAAAACAUUUAAAGUCUAAAAACUUACCUGCUCGUGCUGUUUUGCUGUUAGAUAACGCUCCUAGUCACCCCUCUGAAUGUGAAUUAAAUAAAGGAAACAUCAAGGCUUUAUUUUUACCGCCCCAUGUUACACCUUUAAUACAACCUAUGGAUCAGGGAGUCAUCCAGGGGCGUAGCCAGGGGGGGGUUUUAGGGGUUCGAACCCCCCCCUUAGCACAAAUCUUUAAUUAAUUUCUUAUUCAUCACUCAAACAAAAUUUCAUAUUAAAAUUAAUAAAAUUUUUACCAUUACAAUAUUUAAAUUUAAGUACCGAAAACUGCUAAAAUAGCACUAUUUUACACCUUAAAAUCCAAAUUUUCCCGGGGGAGGACCCCCGGACCCCCCGCUUUAAUACGGUGGGAAGGGGGGGGGCAUGCUUCUUAACACCCCCCAUACGCUAAUCCUGGCUACGCCACUGGAGUCAUCGAGUUGUUAAAGAGAAGAUACAGAAGAAAAUAUGUCGGCUCUCUGCUGGACAAAACAGAAGAAGGAGGUAACCUUUUUGAGGCGAUGAAAAGUUUCAACAUAAAAGACGCAAUCUACACCGUUGCUGCAGCCUGGGACGAAAUUAAUCAAUUACCCUUCAGAAGGCUUGGAAAAAGAUUUGGCCAUCAUUGAAACAAGAAGAACCUGAGACAGAAGCACAAGUUGAGACAGACAACACAGAAGUAUUACAAAAUUUACAAGUGUUUCAGCAUGAUCUCCAGAUGAAUGAUGUAGAAGAGUGGUUUGUUGAAGCUGAUGUUUCGGAAGACACCAAUGAAGAACUAAAUGACGACGAAAUUAUCGCUGUUGUGCAGAACAAAGCCGUGGAAGAAGAUAUCGACUCGGAUGAAGACGAAACCACCGGUGACAACGUAGUGAGUCAUUCUGCUGCUAAGGACGCCUUCGAAGUUGCGCUGAAAUACAUUGAGCAACAUCCAAAUGCAAACCCAAUGGACGUAUUGUGGGCAAAAAAGUGGAGGGACACUUCUGCAAAGUCAAGAUUGACAAAAUUAAAACAAAAGUCCAUUACUGAAUUCUUUAAAUAAGGUAUGCUUAGAUUUUAUUGAUCUCAUUUAAUUUAAAAACAGUAAAUGUUUGAAAUAUAUACAGCAACAUUUUUAUAAGUACAUACUUUACAAUAAAGUUGUAUUACAGUACGAUAUAGCUGUUUUUCUAUCUGAGAAAGUCGUUUUUUUUGCUCCUCCCGAUAUCUGACCUUUUGGCCGUUCCGACCAUGGCCUGGUCCCGUCAUGGUCGGAUAUGCGGGGUUCUACUGUAAUUGGCUUCUGAAAGUAAGCAAUAUUUAUGUAUUUCUUUGAUCUGUUCCAUUAAUUUUAGUGUUGUACUAAACACCCAAAGCUAUGUCAGCCAAUGAGCACAUUAUUCUGUAAAAAAAAAUCUAUAUUUUUUAGUAAGGAUGUUUUGCAGAUUUCUAUGUUAGCUGCAAACUUUUUUGUGAAUAAUUAGUAUUUUUUAUUUUUGUUCCUAUUGUUUCACUAAAAAUUGAUUAGAGUAGUUUUGUCAAUUUUUUUUUACAUAAUGUAUUAAAAAUUAAAUAAUGAAUAAUAGCUAUUUUAAAGAGAGAAAAAAAACUACUUUCGACUCUUCGUUAUUUAAGUGUUUUCAUCAGAAAGGGAAGAAAGUUUUCUAUAGAGGUGAAACACAAACUGUCUUGUUUGAUACAGUUUUGUUAUAAGGAGGUUAUUGUUAUAAGAGGUUUAUUAUAUAGAGAUUUUACUGUAUUUUGAAGUUAUGGAAGCCUUAAAUGAAUUGAAAAUUUUUCUAUUUACAUCAGUAAAAAUCAGGAACUUAUAUUUUUUUUUUAUUGUGGAGAUAAUUUGUGACAUGCCUUUAAAACAACAGUUUUAAAUUUGCCAAGAUAUUCGUGCAGGUUGAGUUCUCUUUAAACUAUUAAUGGAUUCUCAUAGGGAAAUUAUGUACAUUUGUACAAUUUUUAUUGUAAUUUCUGUGGCCUUCUAAAUCCUUGUGCCAGUUUGCAUGUUCUGACUGAAUGUAAUGUAAGCCGUCUCUUCCCAGCCGUGAGUAACUUAUGUUACUCGCUGAUUUCUUGUUGGAGUGGAACAGGAAUUAUGAAAGGUAUUGACCUUGAAGGCACUAGAAGAUAAUGCAAGCUUUGUUUUAACAUCUAUAAAAUUUUAUGCACAUAUUUUGUUAUAGUAUGGGUACUCAGUCUGAUAAAAUAUAUCAUAUGUGACUUGGCUAUUUAUUGUGGUGUCUGAUUUUAUGUAGGUAUUUGAUUGGCAAUAGAGUGUACUGUCGUAAAUCAUCACUGCCUUUGAUUUAAUAAAUUGUGGGCAGAGUCUUUAACGAUGUCUCAACUUCUGCACUGAGGCUAGGUCUGUGAAACCAAAAACAUUGGAAUCAAAGCUUUUAUAUCUGUACAAGGGCUUAUUUUAACCAGUUAUAUUGUUUAAAAAUUGUGUGUUUAUAUUGUUAUGUUUUGAAAUUUGGUCUUUUAAUAUCAUAAAACAAAUUUUUGUUAAUGGUAUUUGUUUUGUUUGCAUAUAGUUUAUACAGUGUUGUGGGUAGCUGAAAGUUGCAGUCAAUAAUUAUUGUUUCAAAUGUAAUAAUUUCUGAAAGUAUGUUCAUUCUUUCCACAAUAAAAUUUAUGGAUCACUGCGUUACUUAA